AUGCUCGCCCGCGAAGUGGGAGUCGAGGAACGAGAGGGCCUUGAAGAAGUGACGGCGGGUGGGUGCACGGGGCGUCCGGUCGGCGUUGCUGGCCUGGACGAGACUGAGCUGAGACUGAGACCCCCCGAUGAUGAAGGCCGUCGGUUUCCCACUCCAGCGGCGCCUGCGCCCAAGGAAGAGAUCGGGUGCCUGGAAACAACCGCGCCCACUCGGGUAGGCGCUUCCUGAGGAUCAGCCAGCUGCAGCCAUCGAAUUCCAGAACAGUUUAAGCAGCCAGCCAGCCAGCAGCAGAGGGAGAGAAACAUAGCGGCGAGUAGAAGAGAAUUUAUUUGAUUGAUGGGAGAGGCGGUCUCAUGGCACGGCGAUAGAAAUCCGAGCGAAGCCCAAAUUAAAUUAAACUAAACUAAACUAAACUAAACUAUACUAGAUUUACUGCAACAACGAAGCAGUCCUGGCCCGCUCGGGAUUGGCGCCAUAUCUGGGCAGACCCCCCACCAACGCGAGAGAUCCUUCUGAAUUAUCAGAAUCUGAUGGGAGCGAACUGCCACGCAGGCCGCUUGAGAGGCCGGGCCAAAAAUGUGCGCACCAACCCCACGCGGGCCGCCGCUCUAGGGUCGGGUCAGAUUAGCAGGAAGGCAGAGGCAAGUGAUGCAUCGGUCUAUAUCAAUCCAGAGAACAAGUUUGGCGAACAAAGAAGAAACAAAUAUUUAAAAGGCAAGAAGGAAGCAAAAAUAACUCUACGGGCUUCUGCAAUAAUCAUAAUAAUAUAAAAAAACAAGAUUUUUUUUUCAGUGAAACCAAAAGCAGACCUUCCUAACUUCGAAAUCAUAUCCAGACCAUCUGUUUAUUUUUCGUUACCCAAGAACAGAGAUGCCACCCAAUCCAGGCUGCUGAACUGAAUCAUACAACCCUCAGCCCCCCGUGCCACCCCUUCCCAGCAGUUCCUGGAGGCACAGUUUCGGGGUCACUCAAAAACCUCCUGGGCUGUGGGAGCAAGCGACCAACUGGGAAGUUGGUGUUUAGUUGGCAAUCUCUAGGGGAUCUUGACAAUGCAAGGUCGCCGACAAAUGCAUUCUCGUUUCAGCAAGAAAACACACUAUAUGCGCGCUGUUCACCUCAGAUGAAUGACAGCAGGACUCAUGGGCAUCAGAUUUACGCUUUUAAUUUACUCGAAAAUACAGAUUCUUUGAAAGCCAUUGCUAUUUGAAGGAAUGAUAGACGAAAUCUGUUGUUCCAAAUAGAACACACACACACACACCGCGCCAAGUUCUGUCAAUUACCCACUACUCCUGUUAGCGCAACGAGUGACUACAAGAGACCAAAACUGGUAAAAAAAAAAACGUUUUAAAAGUUGAAGGAACCCAUGUAAAAGGACGUUGCAUCCAUAGCCACCAACUGUGAUGAUGAGUCUCCACACAACGUGGUAGGAGGCCCAGGAAGAGGACAAAAAUGUUUAGGAUGGGCAGAAAAUAUUGUAGCACGCAGCAUAGACAAGAAUGGACAUAGAAUGACACAACCUCCCCAGAUGCGAUGGGGGCACAUAAUCUCUUUUCAUUUUUUGUCAUUUGUCAUAUUGCCGUAUUGAUCAUAUCUACAUCUAAGAAAGUCAAAAAAUUCGACCAUAACUGCGCAAAGUUCACCAUAGUCUAACAAGAAUGGACCAGCAGCAUAGGAGAGCAUCCGAAGAGAGUGCAAGCUUGCAUUCCCUCAAACAAGAGUAAUUAAGUCAAUUGUUAUGUAAAUUCAAAAGAUUUGAACGUUAAAUUAAAAUGCGAUUCUAGUAGCACACAUUCCUUUAGUGUAUAAGACAUUUUAAGUUAAGUUUAUUCACAAGAACUAGUACAUAGCUGUGAACACAAUAGAUCAAUAUUCUACGGCAUUUAACAAACUAAAAUGAGAUUUCAGUCUUGAUCAUUUUUCCAGCAGUGGCCCCAAAGAAACCUCACUGCUAUUAUUCAUGAACUGCAGCAGGAGACAUGACAAAGAAGUUCAUCUUAUUUACUCACCCUAGAUUUGAGCAUAGUUGGACGAGUUUUUGGAGUUCCGAUAUGACCAACAGGUGACCUCUGUGUCUCUUUGUCCAGGGAUGGGAAGAGAGGAGUUCCUGGUGGUGUCAGAAGCCUGAAUUUGGAAUAUUACCACAAGUGAGAAAAGCAAAAUUGCUAUUAGCAGUCUACAACAGAAUGCAUCAAAUAGAGGUAACUCAAUAAAAUAAGAUAUAAUGUGGUUGCACAUUUGGAGUUGCAGAAAUUAUCAGGACAAAAACAUUCAACAAAUGAACAAACCAUCAAAAGGGCAUAUCGGUGAAAAGCCACAACAGCAGCAUGCUGCAGAACUUAUAUCAAUCGAUUUCGUGCCUAAUAAGUUUCCAAAGAUAAUGAAAUGCUCGACAUAUAUAGAUAACCACGGUAUAAAUCAUCAAAAAACUGCACUUCUUGCGGCAGGGAGAGCUGGUCCUACCAUGCCAUUGUUUGAUGUGAGAAAUGACAUUAGAAAAAAGAUAGAAAUUUUACAUUCCAAAUAUUGAUAUUUGCAUUUCUACAUUUUUUUGGGCAUGUCCUAUUAGGAAGUUUGGACGGGGUAACGUCGAGCUACCUCUGCAGGCAAAAGGGAGAGCAACCACCAAUACAACUGCCAACAUCGGUGCAACCAGUGAGAAGAUCACACGAGAGGGGAGACAAAGUAGGUACAGGAGAGGUAGCCGUUAUGUGCAAUGCAAUCAAAUCCAAUCCAAAUUGACGGAUUUGGGCAAAAUGGCCAAUUCAGGUGAAAAAUUUAUUUCUGAAAAUUCAAAAGCGAGUAUUUAUUAAAAACGGUUAUCAUUAUAAACAAAGAUCAGCGGAAACUUUUUCACCAAAAACCAGACUCUAUAUAAUCUCCAACGACCUACCCAAACCCAACCCCAAUCCCAUAAAAUUGGGAAACUUUUAGUCGGCAGUAGGUGGGAACUAAGGGCCUGAAGCAUCAAUCUUCCUUUCUUCCUUUCUUUCUCCACUCAAUAUCUUCCUCAGCUCUUAACUGGCAAGUGUGAGAUGUCACUAUUCUUUAGAUGAUCCGAUCAAUUGACAUAGCAUCAGAUCUUGGGAACUUUGUGCCUUGGCUACCCCAUCUCUAUCGUUCGCUCAAGACAAGAAGGUGGAAUGUGCAAACGCAUUAUAGAAUAAUCUUCGUCUACUAUGAGACAUCAAGGUUCCAAUUAAAUGAUAUAGACUCCCCAGGACAUUGCCAUCACCUCAAGUUCCCUGAAUAUCAACCCAGACAAAAGAACAAGCUAUCGUGGCUCUUGGGGAGUUUGUUUAUCUCUGUCGGACUUUAUCCAGACCAGAAAAGAGCCAAAAACAGCGAACAAGAAGAUUGGUUCACAUGACAAAGUGAUACCCAUGUUUCUAGCCAUUGCCAGAAUCUAAUAGUGAGGACUAUUUAGAAGUUCCAAAUUAAGCAAAAGACAUAGGAGUUAACCAUGGAAGUUCUCCUUAACAAAGAAAAGAGGCUGUAAGACCAUGACUCUCAAGUCUAUAAAGGUUUCAAGGGUCAAGCCUACCAACGUAAUGGUGUCUCUCUCUCACUCAAAUGACAGCUCAAACAUGACCUCUCAGGUGGGUGUACAAGAAAAUACCCCACAAGAAUGAAAGUGUAUGCACUAUCUCCACAACUCUCCAUCAGCCUGUCCCUCAAACCAGCCUUCCACUCCCUUUCCGAUUCGUGCAUCAUGGUGCUCCCACGAGAGACAUCCCCACUAAUUCCUUCACUUGGCCGAACAGAUAGCGUGCAGGUCCAACAAUGCCUUUCAACAUACCAGCGGCACUAUGUGGUGGUGUAUCAAACGUCAGGUCAGCCUCCUGAAUCCCACAUCUACUUGUCUUCUGUGUGGCGCAGAUCUUUGACAUCAACAAUGUUAAACAUUGCAUACUGAAGCAGCUAAUAUAGGUAUAUCAAAGGUUAACAGCGACAAGAAAUUGGAAGUUGAUUCACAAACAACGGGCCAAAGUUAGACUUUUAAGAUGGUAAGCCAGUUGUUUUCCUAACUGGGAAUUCCAAAGAUCGAACCAAUCCUCCCCUCUUUACCAGUCAUAAUCGUUCUUAUUGUUGUCUGAAUUCAGGAAAUCAUCAGCCCCAGUCCGUCGUGUUGGAACAGACGAGACAAUCUUGAAUAUCGGAGAACUCCCUGGUUUUGAAUCUGCAACAGGGAAGAGGAACAUGGAAUUAAAGAUGCGCCAAAAUGACGUUGUCUUGCUCGAAAGAUUGGAGGAAAAGAAGCAACAGGAUGACGGGAGUCUUGUGCUACUCCCGAUCUUCAAGAGGGGCAGUGUCACCGUUAUCAGUAAGGUGGGUUGAUGAAGGUGGAUUGAUCAGGUUUACCUGGCAGAGUAUCGAGCUCAUCAGAGUUAUUGUUGAGGAGAAGGCUGUUCUGGCGCUCCUUCUCGCGUUUGCGCAUCUCGAGGAAGAGAGCAAGCUCCUCAUCCUUCUCCUUUAUCACCGCGCCCAGAGUACGCCCUCUCGGCGGCUGCUGUUGCUGGGGGUGGUGCUGGUGCUUCUGCCUCAGAGGCACGGACGAGGAGACGGUAGACCCCCUCUCUGGCCCAUUAAAGCUCCGGUUGAGCAUCUUCUCUCCACUUCCAGGGUAG